AUGCAGUCGCGGUAUCAUGCCCCGCUGAAGUUACUGCAAAUCUGUAUCGCAAGAGGAAGCUCGAAACCUGGGACCAAGACGCCAAAGAUUGUGAGGUGCAUGAAUCGUCAUGCUUGCUGCAUGGCUCGCUUGGCGAUGUUCCGAUGCGCGGGGUUGCAUCGUUACUAUACUAUCGAACCUCCUUGGAGUGAAGUGAUGUCGAGAUUUCGACAAAAGCUCAAGGAAGUCCUUCAUUACUAG